UUUUAAUGCAUCACAUUUGGUGUUCUUGAACAAUCCGGCCGAAUUCACACUUUCAGUUUGACUAUAAAUGAAUGCUCUUCAUAGGCUUUACUGCAAAUUUCAUCCUGAUUUGGUUUUUGAUUACUGUGUGGAAAAUGGGUUGAUAGGGAAGGCAAAAACAUGCACAUGUGGAGGGGUUAUGACUCUUCAGAAGUAUUGCCAGGCAAUUGAUGGCUAUGCAUUCAGUUGCAAUCAGUGUGAUUGCAGGGAGUCUGUAAGGGUUGGUAAGUUGUACAUUAUGGUGAUUUUUUAGGUACUUUCUUCUCAAAAUCGAAACUUCCCCUUACUAAAAUACUAUGUAUAUGCUACUAUUGGCUAUUGAAACGACCAGUAGUUGCUACAUCUGCAGAAACAGAGAACACUAUGGAGUCAACAGUGCAGUGGUAUCAGCACUGUCAGGAAGUUGCUUCACAAAAGAUCAGUGGGAUUACUUGUGCACUAGGUGGAAUUGGUGUCGUCGUUCACAUUGACGAAACAUUUAUCAAACAAAAAAUGAAUCGAAGUAAGGGAGAGGCAAACGAUGUUUGGGUACUGGGACUCUACGACACGAAUCUGCGAAAAGGGUUAGUGGAACGCAUUCCAAACAGAAGUGCCGAUGUUUUAAUACCAAUAAUACAACGACUGGUGCUCCCAGGUACGACCAUUCACACAGAUGAGUGGGAAGGAUAUUCACAAUUAUCGUCCUUAGGCUAUAUUCAUAAUAAAUUCAAACGUUCAUCAGAAUUAGUGAAUCCUAUAACUGGUACUCAUAAAAAUUCCAUCGUCGGGUUUCUAGCCAAUUUAAAAAGACGGAUUACAAUGGAAAGCGACUCGGAAGACGAUGUGAUGUGCAAUUCUUUAGAUGAAUUUUUGUAUCGACAUUGGUUUGAUAUGUCUGUAACCACUCCUAUGAGGAACUGGGAUCUGUUCCUGCAGCAUAUUAGAGACGUAUACCCUGUAUAAUUCAUCUCUAUUACAUAUAUCCUGUAAAUAUACUUUUUAUACUAUAAAUUCCACUUUUUAUCCAGAAGGUUGUGAUUGGU